GAUUUGGUAUAAAUUUGGUGCCUCAUUCAUAUUUAAUUAUCAUUUCUUUGUCACAAAAAUCGUUUUUAUUUCAUUCAUUCCCUAUCAACUCGUUUCAAGGUCUAACCGGUUCAGUCAGUGUUGUACCACUACGUAAACAAGUGUAUCUUUGAGCCGAGUUACAAAUGGCGAUAGACCUGUACCUGACGCCGGGGUCGGCCCCGUGCCGCCUCGUGCUGCUCACGGCCGCGGCUCUGAACAUCCAGCUCAACCUGAACCAUGUCGACCUGAGGGCUGGCGAGCAGUUUUCUCCCGACUUUUUGAAGUUGAACCCGCAACACACAGUACCAACAAUAGUGGACCAAGGAUUCGCCCUGUGGGAGUCCCGUGCCAUCAGCCGUUACCUCGUCAACAAGUACGGUCAUGGCAGUACCCUGUACCCUGAGGACCCACAGGCUAGGGCUUUGGUGGACCAGCGACUAGACUUUGACCUGGGAACACUGUAUCCCAAGUUUGCGGACUACUUCUACCCCCAAGUAUUUGGGUCAGCGCCAGCAGAUCCAGAGAAACUGAAGAAGCUCCAUGAAGUGUUGGGAUUCCUCGACAUAUUCCUCGGAGAUGAGAAGUAUGCCGCUGGCACUGACCUCACCAUAGCUGACCUCAGCCUCGUGGCCACAGUGUCCACCAUUGAGGCUGCCGGCAUCAGCUUGGAUGAUUUUCCUAAUAUUCACAGGUGGUUCGAGUUGGUCAAAUCUACUGCACCUGAUUAUGAAAACGCGAACGGAAAAGGUAUCAAAGCAUUUAAAGAAUUAGUUGCACAGUUGAAGGCUAAAACUGAGUUGUAAAUAUAUUUUGUACCAUUUGUGACCUAGGGUUUU